AUGAAAAAGAAUGCCAGAAUUGCAAAAGCUGAAGGAGAUAAAGCUUUGGCCGAGUUUUUAAAAAAGAAAGAUAAAGAAAAAAUUAGAUUAACAUUUAAAACAGUUGAAGAGGAACAAAGAGAUGUUGAUAAGGCAUUAGGGAAUAUUUGA